AUGCUACCUUUUGCAUUCCCGUAUCCUCCCGAACAAUCCAAUGGGUUUUGGGGUCCGCCCACUUCAACCAUAGAUUGGUGUGAAGAGAAUUAUGUGGUUUCGCCUUAUAUUGCCGAGGCACUCAAUACUCUAACAAACUCAGUUUUCAUCCUAUUGGCAUUAUUUGCCACAAUUCAAGCCUAUAAACAGCACUUGGAACCUCGAUUUAUCUUUGCGUCGCUAGGUUUCUUGCUUGUGGGAGUUGGAUCCUGGCUUUUCCAUAUGACAUUGCAAUAUCAUUAUCAGUUGCUCGAUGAAUUACCCAUGAUUUACGCCACAUGUAUUCCUUUUUGGUCUGUGUUUAGUACCUUUAAGGAUCUUCGGGGACAGUCGGUGGUUGCUUUUGGUAUAACUUCCGCUGCUGGUAUCUUAACGGCUAUUUAUUUGAUUCUUAAAAACCCCACAAUUCAUCAGGCUGCUUAUGGAGUCAUGAAUGCGAUCAUCAUUUUAAAGUCCAUCAGUCUUACCAAAGAGUAUGUCCACGAUGCAAAGGCCAGAAGUCAAUUGUAUCGGGUGAUGUGGACAGGAAUCUUGCUCUUUAUUUUCGGCUACUUUUUGUGGAACUUGGAUAUCCAUUUCUGUAGCUUCGCAAGGGCUACAAGAAGAGACUGGGGUAUGCCCUAUGGUUUCUUGUUGGAGGGCCACGGUUGGUGGCAUAUCUUUACGGGAGCAGGUGUCUACUGCUACAUUGUGUAUGAAGAGUAUUUGAGAUGCUUUUUGAAUGGCACGGACAAGUUUUAUGAAUUCCUGCUGGUCUGGGGUUUGCCUACAGUCAAGUGUACCGACGUGGUUGGAUUGCAAUCAUAUCAACGGGUUCUCUCUUUGAACGCUAAGGACGCCAAGUACAAAAAGGAUAUUUAG